AUGGGACGAAUCUGGAUACCGGCGAUCAUCCCCGAUCGCCAUGGGCUACUGCAGCGUACAUCAAGACCUUACGAGACAACCGAGGCUCAGCUGAGAAUGUUGGUCAGCGUGACUAGACGAGCUACCGCGCGGGGCCAAAUCGACGCUUUUGUUCGACGUUUCGACCACUGCAAUCUCCGGAUGACCUGUCCCAGAAACCGGUUCUACUCCACUUGGCCUGUCAACCACGUAUAUUGCGCCACCCAAGACAGCUCAGAUAGAGCCAGGGAUGUUGUGUGCAUUUAUCCGACCCUGCCCUUGCCCCCCUCCUUUCCCCUGAUGCUCUUCCCGUGUUAUUCGGUCUGGGCCAAUAUGUCGUCGUUUAACGCGAGCAGCGCUUGUCUCUCGGCUGCCUUGUUUCCCCUGACCGUUGUGGGGAAGAGAGUUCACAAUCGGCAGGUAAGACCGGCAGCAUCAAUAGCAGGCAAAUUCGAAGUCUUGGAGGGUCAUUAUCAGACGAAGUAG